GUAAAAUAACAAUUUUAGUAAAUAUCGAAUUGUUGUUUUGUUCAAUUUUGUUGUCACUGUUGUACCUAAUAUUUAAUUCUAUGUUUGUUGUUAUUUGUGUCUUUGGACUGAGAUUUUGCUUUAAACUAAGCUAUUUCUAAAAUAAUGAGUGGCGAUCGAAGUCCAGGCAGUCCGUUGGAUCUGAACGACACAGAACAAGCAGUACUAAUGGAUCCCAUCGAUUUCGAGCGCAACAGAUAUCCAUAUUGUAUAGUUUGGACUCCAAUUCCUGUUUUAUCAUGGAUAUUCCCAUUUUUGGGUCAUAUGGGUAUUUGCAUGUCAAAUGGUGUGAUUCGAGACUUCGCGGGCCCUUACUUCGUUUCGGAAGACUUGAUGGCCUUUGGAAACCCUACAAAAUAUGUGCAACUGAGUCCACAGAAAGCCAAUAACGGACAAGCUGGUUGGGAUGCUGCAGUAACUCAAGCUUCUGAGAUUUAUAGAAAGAGAAUGCAUAUCAUAUUUUAUGACAACUGCCACUCUCAUGUAGCAACAGCUCUCAACAUCAUGAGCUAUGGUGGCAGCAAAAACUGGAACAUGGUCAAACUGGUCUUUUAUAUGAUACCAUACUCCAAAUAUGUCAGCUUUAGUGCUUUCCUCAAAACUUGGCUGCCGUUUUUCAUCAUAAUAGCAUUAAUAUGCGGGUUAGCAGCAAUCAUAUAAUGACCCUGUUAACUAACUGUAAUGGUACAUUUUGUUUUCUGAAAGUAUUUUGUGUAUGGAUUGAAAGAGUUUGUGAAGCUGGGCUUGUUAAUAUAGUUUUGGACUCAAUGGUAUUAGAAUUGUAGUUAGCAAUUCACACAAUGCACAAACACUUAGUUUGACUCACAAUGGUCUGUGUCUUGAAACAGCAACAUAUCAAUUUCAAUUCUAAAUACACUUUCUGCCAAACUGAGUUGGGCACUAAAAGGGAAAGUGCUCCUAGUACAACCUGUUUUAAAUAAUUACAUCUUUUUUGAAUUCUUACUUGCCUUGCCUCUCCCCUCAACUAAGGGAAGGUUGAACUCGACAUAUUUUGUCCAUGUUACUACUAAGUACGUAUUUAGACACCAGAGGAAGCUGAGAAGCUAACAAGAAGGAAGGACAACAAAUCAUUGCUCACAUACAAAGCUCACAAAAUGUUUUGAUGCAACAAUGGCUGAAAGAAUUUGAUGUUUCACAGUUGCGUGGUUGGAGGUCUAGCCUUAAAUAGUAAGGCCCUGAAUAUAGCACAUCUGAAUAAUAAUAUUCAAUUCAGAUAGAUAGGAUAUAUGUGAAGGAUCAUUGGUGCCAUUUUCGAAGAUAUUUGUUUGUCUGAAGGUCUCCAUUUUUUAUAUACUAUGUAAGUAAAUAAGGUUCAUUUUUAAUUGUAUGAAUCCCAGCCAUUUUCGAAGAUAUUUGUUGGUCUGAAGGUAUCCGUUUUUUAUAUACUAUGUAAGUAAAUAAGGUUCAUUUUUAAUUGUGUGAAUCCCUGUUGUACACACGUAAGCAGUAGUUUAAGGACACAAUAUCCAGUAUCCACAGUUGUUUAUAAUAAUGUUACUGUCUUUUUUCAGAUGUCCUUUCUGUUCAGUUAAAAUAGGCGCUUAGUUAAGUUGGGCCGCCUGGUAAAUCUAAAUUGAUAAGUGUCUAUUACAAAUUCAAUAAAUAUCCAUGCAGAGUAACCUAUCAAUCCUGUCAUGCGAUUGACUGCACAUACAUAUACAUAUAACAAAUAUUAUCAAAACUUUUAAAAUUUUGUAAGUGUUUAUUGUCAUGGAAUGAUUGGAUGAAUUCAAAAUGCGAAGGGGUGAUUUGUCCUAUUUAAAUAAAAAAUAUAUAGUUAUUGUACUAUAUAUUAUAUAUAAAUUACUACACAAAUAGUUGAUGUACAUUUUGGUUUUAAGUUUAUUUUACCAAUUUUCUUUUUAAUAAUAAAAACAAAAUAAAUUAAUAAAAGAUUCGGAAAUUUUAUUGAAAAUUAGACUGAAUUUUUUUGUAUAAUAACUUUUUUUUUCACUUUUACACAAGUGACAAGAGUCAAGAAGGAUGUGUUAUAUUAUUAUGGUCUGUGUAUGUUACCCAAAAAUACCUGGAAUAAUAAUAAAUAAAGUUUAGAAAAAUAAAAAGAAGCUUA